AUGGCACCUAAGCUUUCUAUCGAGAUUAUCUUGACCAUCUGCAAAGACGCAGCCCAGCCGACGUUUUCUCAAAGGGAGAAAUAUGACAUUAAAAAUCCUUACUCGACCGCCCUCUCCUUAUGUCUCGUCUCUCGUCUUGUCAGACGCAUUAUCCUCCCCAAUUUUCUGCGCACGAUCUUGCUCCGCCGACGCCACAGCUUAAAGAAGUUCGCAAAUGCUCUGCUUAUGCAGAAAGCGUACGCUGAGAAAAAGAGCGAUCUUUUCUUUGACUAUACCUCCGCUGUACAGAGGAUGUGGAUUAGUGACGUAUUUGAUUAUUUCGUCUAUGCAGAGGCCCGGUUGGAGAACCAAGACUCUCCCUUUUUUGGGCACGCCAGAUAUUUGUUCUCAAACAAAGAUGAGGCGCGAGAGCGCAACAUAAGCGUGUUGCUUCCAGUGAUCCUUGCUGCGCCAGAACUUGCUGUUGACUGUCGCCAUUUAAGGUAUAUCAUGGACAGCGUGCAAGAUGCAUGGUCUUCUCGCACAGAUCUCAAUGUCGGCGGACACUCUUCUUUUCCUGGGAAAACCCAAAAUCUAACGAUAAUACGUCAAGCCCAGGACGCGGACUUCAUUUACAACCAUUUCCCAACAUUUGUUUUCCUUGCAUCAAUCCCGCAUCUCACUCAGCUAAUCGAUUUGGCUGAGGAAUCAAACAUUUUUCGCGGCAUCAGCUGUGGUGCAACCUCGCCAAAAACCGCGGGGUAUUUUUGGACGAGUAACGAUAUAUGGUAUUCUAUGAAGAGCCUUGAAACCCUUUCAAUGGUCUACCCGCAUCUGCCUCCCCUCCACGAUUUGAAGUCAAUUUCAUAUGCUGCAUAUGCCACAAGGGGAAUAGACUUGCAUGUGGAGCGAUUCACGUUGUCUCUUACCCUUUUCAAGCAGGAUCCUGGCUCCUUCCCGUGGGGGCCACCGUGGUUUCCUGUGACGGAUCCUGGAAAUAAGAGGAUACAAUCGGAUGGUGUUUCCUUCGAGGUUACGCGUGAUAAGACCUACUUUUCACAGGACUUUCCUGGAGGCUCCGGCGAAUCUACUUUCACGGGACGAGCUACGGCGCAGGAUAUCACCACUAGCCAAGGACGUCGGGCGUUGGGUUUCGAGCCAUUCGUAUCAGGAGGGGUAGAGAACGAUGAGCUUAUUGAUGCAGCGAAUCGUGUGUUGUUCGGUUGA